GGCACAGGAUGAUACGAACGGAAAAACGGAUGAACAGCGUCGAUUAAAAAAAAUCAGUUGGCGCUGAUAUAAGUUACCAAACGAUGACAGAACUUGCGUAGUGGUUACGUUACUGCGAUAAUAUUACUGAGUAUCCGGUGAUGUGACAUUGCAUACAAUUUUACGAACUGCAUACGGUGAGGCGUGAAAAACAACACAAUAAAAAUGGCAUACUCUUAUAUGGUAGAAGAAGCACUUCCCGACGACAUUCCCAGCGUGAAGUACGACAUCCAACGCGCGAAGCUAUAUCUUCAGAAACACAGCACGGAAUCGGGUGACAGUUUAUAUGAUCAUUUAAUCGAGCUUUUGGCAAAAAUAUUGGCUGAACAGCCACCAAACGUUGUUGAUAUUUUUGAAGAAUACAGUAGAAAAUUGAAAGAGGAGAGAUUUAAAAUUAAGACGGAUUAUCUUCGAGAUUUGUACAUACCACCCGUGCAAUACAACGAUGCCAAAAAGCUCAUUAAGCUCUUUCAGGAUGUAAAGCAGAUUAACAAAGAUGAACAGGAAAGAAUGGAGAAUGAAGAGCAAAACGAUAAGAAAAAGAAACUUUUCGAUCUGUUGGAUCUUUUAUUUUACUUCGAGCAGACGGGUAUAGGAUUGCCCCGACAUGAAAUACUGUUGCUUAAUUUAUCAAUUCGGAAAUUUGCCUCGACAAUGCCGCUUGAAAAUAUUAGGUAUUCGAGACUUAUAUAACUUGCACAAGAAAAAUAUGAAGUACAAUCUAAAACAGAAAAUGAGGAAGUCAAAGUUAAACUCACAGAGGAAGAAACAAAACUCACAGAGGAAGAAACGGCGACAAAAACUCAGGAGGAAGAUAUGGAGGGAAUUUCACGUAAGGAUAUAAAAUCAGAAGAAAAGCCUUUGGAGCUUAUUUUUCCAUCGUUACCUGUUAAUCCAUGGACACCAUUGCCGGAAAUACCGAUCGAAAAAAUCGGAAGUGGCCUCAAUAGAAAAGUGUAUUUUGUAUGCAACACGCCUGGAGUGGACGAGUGGAUCGAACUUCCAACGGUUACACCGCAGCAGAUAGUAAUUGCACGACAGAUUGUUCGAUACUGUACGGGAAACUUAGAAACACCGAUUCACAGUUUUCCACCGUUUCCUGGUACCGAAAAAAAUUAUCUUCGCGCACAAAUUGCAAGGAUUAGUGCUACCACUCAUGUUUCGCCAAUUGGCUUUUUCACAUUCAGUGAAGAAGACGAGGAUGAAGAAGCAGAAGAAGAAAGAAAAAAAAAAGAAGAGUUAUCAGAAAAUCAAAAUUAUUAUCCACUGCCGAUCAAGGAUCUUGUAGAUCCCUCCAUGUCAAAUUGGUGUCAUCAUAGUCCAUAUAUUCUUAAGCAAGGACGUACUGUCUGGUGGAAUCCUAAGGAGGAAAAUAUUGUCAACGAAGUAUUUGAAGAUGAAGAAAAAGAAGACAUAGAAACAGAUGAAAUAAAGAUGACGGUGGGAGAGAUCGGACCACCCCUCUUAAUUCCUUUGUCUGAAGAUUCUAUUAUUGACUCCGUGAUACCAUGGACUGUUAGACAGUCGUCAUAUAUACAACCAGAUGUUGCAGUAGCUUUAGUUAGGUCGAAUAUCUGGCCUGGAGCGUUCGCAUUCGCGGUAGGAAAACGUUUUGCUACUAUGUACAUCGGCUGGGGUCACAAAUACAAUGCGUAUAAUUAUAAUCCUUCUCAUAUGCCACCUGUUCAAGAUCAGUACAAAAUUGGACCAGAAAUUAUGGAAAUUUGUGAUCCUACUGUGAAAGAAGAAGAAGCUUUUCGAUUAAUGCAUUUGCCACCAAUAUUACCAGCAGUGUUAUCAUUCGAGUUUGAUUAUCAAUAG